AUGGGCUUCCAUCGAUCAUCCACGGGCAUCAAGGUCAAGGAUAAGCACCUCCUCACUGCUUAUUGCCAGCGACCUUCCGGGGAAACAAGAUAUUCAGAGCUAGAUCUGGAUCAGUUCCUCGGAGCAAAGAAGGGACAAUUCUCCUGGGGCGACCGAGACUUUUCAAAGAGUUCACGCGACGUUGUCUUCAAGCUAGACGGCAGGGACAACGAACCCAUGCUGCAUGCGCAACUCGAUGACGGCUCGGGGAACAUCCAAGAGAGCCAGGUGAACCUGGCACAUUGCAUCAAAAACGAUGACGGUCAUCUGAGCUUCAUGGAAUGUUUUUAG